AUGAUAACGUCUGCUAUAUACUUUUGUGUUAAAUUAGGUCUUUUGCAGUUAUAUCCUGCAUAUAUCUGCUACAAGGCCAUUAAAGUCAACAAUCAACAAGAAUUCGGGUCUCUAUUGACCUUUUGGAUUGUCUCCAUCACCUAUCUGUCCAUCGAGUACUUUUCGGAUAUAUUCUUGUUCUGGAUUCCAUUUUACACAGAAUGCAAGCUAGUGAUUGUGUUAUGGCUCAUCUUACCUCAGACUCAGGGAACCUCUGUGUUUUACACAAGAUAUCUUGACCCUUUCUUGCAUGCGCAUGAAGAGCACAUUGACAAUGCACUGCUGGAAAUCCAAGCCAAGCUGAAAGAGACGAUUGUGCUGUAUGGAAAACAGCUGAUUGAGAGCGUAAAGAGGCUCAUCACGGAUGCCGUCUUCAAAAGCCAUGAAGGCGAGCAAGAAACAACGCACAGCUUAUCUGCUGAGCAGACCAGCAAGCCUGUGGAGCCAAGAGAAACUGCAAUUGAUAAUGGAACUGGAGGCUAUAUCAUCAAUCCAUACAAUUUGUUCUCUACAUUGAUUACGACUGCAGCCAAUAGAUACCAACAACAAUACAACAACAAACAAGAUACCCCUUCUUCUUCUUCAUCAUUGCCAUCGUUGCCAUCAUCCUCAUCAGCAACAACAGCAACAGCAACAGCAUCAUCAUCAUCUACACCACAAACAGCACCACUUGUUAAAAUUGAGGCACCAACUCCUAUCGUGAGUAGUGGUACUACCGUAACCAGUGCUACGACUGCGGCAGAGGACAGCAAACUGGAUCGUACUGAUAGUCAUGACUCGUUGCAAUCGUAUGUCAACAUCAAGGAUGGUAGCAGUGCCAACACAACACCAGAUUUGCAGAACACUAAGCCUGCUACUACGGAGUCAUCUGCAGCUACUUGGGGCGGUUAUCUUUCUAGUUGGGUCAAGAAGCCUUCUUCUUCCUCGUCCAUUCCUACAGUCAUUACUGAAGAUAAGAAACACAACUAA